AUGUCGGCAGUGACCAAUCAGCCUCGUCCAUUUGGUCAACUUGAGCGGGAGAAGCACAUCCAGAUGAUCUUCAGAGCUUUUCAGAACCGCUGUGCGCCUUCCUGUGAGUGCCAUAUUCACUCACCUGGACCCAAAUCCCACCAAAAGCCUCCUGACUCGGAAUCUGUGGAGCAGCUGCCGGGUCUGAUUGAGAACGGCUUCGUGCAGCCGCCAGGGAAACUGAGAAGUCCAGAGGUGGACGAGCAGAUGCAUGGAGGGGCAGCGGGGUCGUAUUUUAUGUCUGUGCUGGAAACAGUCAGUCAGAUUCAUAUCAGCGCCAAACCAGAGCUGCAAGGUCCACAGUGUGUUUCCAGGAGGAUCUACAGCAUGGCCACAGCAGGCACCAGGUCGCAGCUGUUUGUGGCCGUGGAAGAGAGUUCUUGCGUGUGCCUCCAGUGCUGCGGUCCAGCUCGAGCCUGCUCCUUGAAGGGCUUCGACUGUCAGGGCCGCCAGGUCUUUUAUUUUGAAAGGCCCCUCAGGGUGGACGCAUGCUGCCUUGGUUGCUGCCUGAUGGAGAUGAGAGCCUACUCGCCUCAAAAACAUCUCAUUGGCACCGUUUACCAGAGGUGGAGCAUGUUCACCCCUCUCCUGGAGGUGUGUGACUCAGAAGGAUCUUCCACAGUCAGGAUCCAGGGCUCCUGCUGUCCAAGCCGGUGCUUCUCCAACCAGCAAUUCCAGAUUGUCUCCAACAUUGGCGAGAAAAUAGGCACGAUAUGGAAGAAGUGGCCCGGCUUCAAUGACGAACGAAACAUGGACCAUGAAUAUUUUGGAUUGGACGUGCCACUGAGUAUGGAAUCACACACCAAACUCCUGCUUCUGGCAGCCACGUUUUUACUG